GACGAUUAGACCAGUAAAAACACUAUUUUGUAGAAUGGAAACUAAAGAUCUUAAAACAUUUCAUCGGUGUGUCAUGUGUGAUAAAAUUUUCCAAGAAUAUGAUGAUUUAAAAGUACAUAAUAGAAUACAUGUUAAAGAAGAGAAAACUGAUGAUGUUGAUGAAUAUUGUUAUGUUAUUGAAGAGAAAACUGUAUAUUGUCAUGUUAAAACUAAUGAUAUGGCUGUACAUGUACAUGUUAAAGAAGAGGAAACCGAUCAUGUACAUGUAGAUGGAUCUUGUCAAACUGAUAUUGUUUAUCAGUGUAAUUUGUGUGAUGAAGAAUUUAAAUCUGACAUUGAUUUAGAAAAACACUGUGAAAUACAUGUCAAUGUAAAUGUUAACUUAGAAGAUACCUUAGUUCAUACGGGAGAGAGCCUUUAUAAAUGUGAUGUUUGUGGUAGAUCAUUUAGUGAUCGUGGUACCCUUCACAGACACAUGAGAACGCAUACUGAAGAGAGACUUUAUAAAUGUGAUGUUUGUGGUAAAUCAUUUAGUGAUCGUGGUACCCUUCACAGACACAUGAGAACGCAUACAGGCGAGAGACUUUAUAAAUGUGAUGUUUGUGGUAAAUCAUUUAGCACAAGUUAUUAUGCACAGAUACACAAGAGAAUUCAUACGGGUGAAAAACGUUAUAAAUGUGAUGUUUGUGGUAAAUCAUUCACCCAGAGUAGUACCCUACAGCAACACAUCAAAAUUCAUACAGGUGAAAAACUUCAGACAUGUGAUGUUUGUGGUAAAUCAUUUAGUGAUCGUGGUACCCUUCACAGACACAUGAGAACGCAUACAGGCGAGAGACCUUUUAAAUGUGAUGUUUGUAGUAAAUCAUUUAGUUUUCAAGGUAGCCUUCGCAGACACGUCAAAACGCAUACAGGCGAGAGACCUUAUAAGUGUGAUAUUUGUGGUAAACCUUUUAGCACCUGUGCUGAUUUACGGAGACACAGUAAAACUCACACAGGUGAGAGACCUUAUAAAUGUGAUGUUUGUGGUAAAUCAUUUACUCAGAAUAGUACUCGAAAGCAACACAUGAUAAUUCAUACAGGACGAAAACCAUAUUAAUCUGAUGUUUGUGGUAAAUCAUUUACUCAGAAUAGUACUCGAAAGCAACACAUGAUAAUUCAUACAGGACGAAAACCAUAUUAAUCUGAUGUUUGUAAUAAUUCAUUUAAACAGAAAGCUGGUUUUGUUCAACACAUGAAAAUUCACACAGGAGAAAAAACAACAACAUUUAAAUGUGAUAUUUGUGGUGAAACAUUCACCCAAAAUUCCAAUCUACAAAGACACAUAGUUACCAUUGUCUAUGGUUCCAUAGUAUAUCGUUAACUAAUAGAAAACAUGUACACACAUGUGUUAAUCUGUAGUAUAUGGGUUCAAUUUAGGAACAAUGAGUGGAAUAUAAUCCUGGAAUAGAUUUAAGGAAAUUAAUAUAGUCAAUUGUUACUUAUUGACUACUUGUUACUUGUAGGUGUUGUGCACAUCUAAAGAUAUUCCUAUUUACAAAUUAGGGCCCAUUUUCAAUAUUACAAUCCCAUUAAUGGUUGCGUACUCUAUCCCAUAGAUGCGUGCCCAUCUCCCCUAUGUAGAAAUUUAGACACCCAUUGCAAGUCAAGUCAUAUAUGAGAUUUUUUUGUGUCACAAUUCAAAAUGUCGUUGACACUAAAAGUAUGAAAGUUAUAUUUGUUAUUUGGCGUGAUGUGGUCACAACAUUUACUUCAAAGAUCCAGGCAUUUAGAUACAUAAAAAAUGAUCCUUGUGAUAGAUGAAUUGAAUUUUGCUUUGGUUAGGAGGCGUUUCAGAUUAGGUGGCUGUCUUUGUGACUUAAUGAAUUGAACAUUAUCAAAUUUAUUUCUGAGGUUGUCGUUUGAUGCCAGGAGUGUCCUGCUCCCUGCAUUGUUUUAAAGAAGUUGGAAUGUUGGGGGUUACAUGUAUGAGUAGCGACAAUAAUGUUAUAUGUCAUAAAAUACAACAUAACAAAUUCUACUGUCAUUCUAUGAUUCUUUUUAAUAAAAAAGAUU